AUGCCAAUUGGCCCAUUUGCUUCUACCGUUGGCGUUGGUCGAGCAGAACCAGAAUGGGCCGCACUCAACAAAGUGCAAGAGAUCGUCGGCAAGGAUCCGAUCUUCGAUUCCGGUGAGAGCUCGGAGGCCCCCUUGCAGCUCGAUGACGCAGUUUUGAGUGGUGAUGUCAGCACUGCACCGGAUUCGAUCGAUUUGCUCAUCGUGGGGGCUGGGCUUUCCGGCGCUGUGUUGGCAGAGCGCUGCAGCAAGCUGGGGAUGACCUCCUUGAUCAUUGAUAAGCGAGAUCACAUAGGUGGCAAUUGCUACGAUUAUGUCGACUCGAACGGCAUUCGCUGUUCCAAGUAUGGGGCGCACCUCUUCCACACUCAGUUCGAGCGGGUUUGGGAUUAUGUGUUGGGCUUCUCUCAGUGGAUCCCCUUCGACCACCGCGUGAAGGGCUUGGUGGAAGACAAGGCUGGUGUAAAGCGCUUGGUUCCCAUUCCUCCCACUCAGGAGACAGUAAACAUACUCUUCGAGGAGAGUGUGCACAGCGAGUCUGAUAUGCAGGCCUGGUAUGACAAGGAGCGCUUGGCCCCUCCGGGUGGCGAGCCCAAGAACGGUGAGGAAGCCGCCUUGUCCCGUGUCGGACCGAGGCUCUUCGAGAAAGUCUUCAAGCAUUACACCAAGAAGCAAUGGGACAAAUACCCGGCGGAGCUUGAUGCAAGCGUCUUGCUUCGGCUGCCAUGCAGAACAUCUACAGACGAUCGGUACUUCCCCGACCCAUGGCAGGCGUUGCCACGGCGGGGCUACACGCGGAUCUUCGAGAACAUGUUGCUCGGGGAUCCGAACAUCACCCUUCGACUGAACUGCGACUUCUUCAAGCUGAAGGAGGCCGGCAGCUUGCCGAAGCACAAGCUGCUGGUGUACACAGGGCAGAUUGACAGUUAUUAUGCAGCAUUGGGAAUGCCAAAACUGGAGUACCGGUCGUUGCGCUUCGAGGAGGAGUUCUUGCCUGAUCCGGAUGGCGGCUUCUUCCAAGAGGCCAUGGUCGUCAACCAUCCGUCGCCGGACGUCCCCUUCACACGUAUCGUGGAGUACAAGCACGUCCCGAACCAGCCGCAGGAAGUGAAAGAGGGCAAGGUGAAAGGGACGUUGAUCGCCAGAGAAUACUCUUCGGCAGAAGGAGAGCCGUACUACCCAGUUCCAAACCCUGCCAAUAGGGCUCUGUACGAGAAGUAUGCAGACCUCGCUGCGCGCGAGGAGGGUGUGGCAUUUGUGGGGCGACUCGCAUCGUACAAAUACUUCAACAUGGACCAGGCGAUUCUAAAUGCGCUGGAGAUGUUCGACAACCUCAAGGACAUGGGGCGUGGGUCUGGAAGGCUCGCAUGGAUGCACAGGUCAGGUGCAACUUUUCUGCAGCUCUGA